AGCUGUAUUGUAUGACAUUUUCUAACCUCUACUUCAUCAACAUUAAAUUCUUAGAACAUUAAUCUAUAUUUUAAGAUUAAAUUCGAUCUAUUAGGAAUUUUCUUUCCUAGUAAAUAGCAUAUAAAAAAUCUUUUAAUUAUGUCGGAGUUGAGCGAGAGAAUUCUACAAGAAUUAAUCGAAAAGGAUUCUAUAGACACACUGGAGUUAGCUAAAAUAUUUGAACAAGAUCACCAGAAAAUUAUAGGUGCUCUGAAAAGUAUAGAAGCUCAUGGAAACCUUCUGAUAGUGGAGCCACAAACUAGAAAAUAUUUUGAGCUUACUCCAGAGGGAAAGCUUAUCGUUGAGAAGGGUAGCCAUGAAGCACUUAUUUAUAAAGCAAUACCAGAAAAUGGCAUGUUGCAAGCUGAAGUCAACAAGUUGCCCAAUUCUAAAAUAGGUUUUAGUAAAGCUUUAGCCGCAGGAUGGGUACAGUUGGAUAAAAGUACCGGACAAUCUAUUGUGAAAAGAAAAACCAAUUCUAUUGAGGAUAAUGUCCAGAAAAACUUAAUAUUAAUAGCUGACAAUAAAUUAUCAAACAUAAGUGAUAAAGAAAAGCAAGAUUAUAAAAAACGAAAACUGAUCCAAGAAGUUACCAUUAAAAGUUUCCUGUUAAAGAGAGGGACUGAAUUCAGUUUAACUUUACCAAAAUUAGAAACUGAUUUAACAGCAGACAUGAUCAAUUCGGGAAAUUGGAAAAAUUUGAAAUUCAAAGAUUACAACUUUGAAGCUCUGGGUGCUUCUCCUGAGAGUGGAUUUCUUCAUCCUCUCCUAAAAGUUAGAGCAGAAUUUAGACAAAUAUUUCUGGAAAUGGGAUUCACAGAGAUGCCCACCAAUAAUUUUGUUGAAAACUCUUUCUGGAAUUUUGAUGCCCUUUUUCAACCUCAACAGCACCCAGCUAGAGAUGCACAUGAUACCUUUUUCAUUUCAGAUCCUAAAAAUAGCACUGAGUUUCCUAGUGACUAUUUGGAAAGAGUUAAAACUGUGCAUAGUGUAGGUGGAUAUGGUUCAAUUGGAUAUCGUUAUAACUGGAAGAUUGAAGAGGCACAAAAAAAUUUAUUGCGUACCCAUACAACUGCUGUCAGUGCCAGGAUGCUUUACAAGUUGGCAAAUGAAAAGGAAUUCAAACCAACAAAACUCUUCAGUAUAGAUAGAGUUUUCCGUAAUGAAACUUUAGAUGCUACACAUUUAGCAGAGUUCCAUCAAGUUGAAGGUGUUAUUGCAGACUAUAACCUAAAUUUGGGCAAUUUAAUUGGCGUUAUAUCGGAGUUCUUUAAGAAACUAAACAUAACUCAACUCGAAUUCAAACCAGCUUAUAACCCCUACACAGAGCCGAGUAUGGAAAUAUUCUGUUUCCACCCAGGUCUUAAGAAAUGGAUUGAAAUUGGUAAUUCGGGGAUUUUCAGACCUGAAAUGUUGUUACCAAUGGGAUUGCCUGAAAAUGUUAAUGUAAUCGCUUGGGGAUUAUCGUUAGAAAGACCGACGAUGAUCAAAUAUGGUUUUAAUAAUAUUAGGGACUUGGUUGGACCUAGAGUUGAUUUGGAGAUGGUACAGAGAAAUCCAUUGUGUAGACUUGAUAAGUGAAACAUGCAUUUUUUUUAUUUUUAAAACGAAUAAAGAUCAAAUUUUA